AUGGAGUACUAUCAUCAGAAGCUGUUCCACGCGGGUCAACAGUUACUGAUAUCGGCAGUUCGAGAACGAUUCUGGCCGACAUUCGCCCGUGAUUUAGCAAGAAGCGUAAUCCAUAAGUGCGUCGCAUGCUUUCGAGUGAAACCGAGAGUCCAGGAUCAACUGAUGGCGGAUCUACCGCCAGAAAGAGUCACACCAUGCUUACCGUUUCGUCGUGUUGGAGUUGACUACUGUGGACCGUUUUUAGUAGGCUACCCGUAUCGCAAAAAUCGCCCAGUGAAGUGCUUUGUAGCCAUCUACAUUUGCCUGGUCACCAAAGCAGUGCACCUGGAAUUAGCAGCAGAUUUGACAACCCAGGCCUUCUUGGCCACACUGAAACGUUUUUCAUCCCGGCGAGGCAAGCCGGAACUCAUCAUGUGCGACAAUGCUCGAAAUUUCGUCGGCGCAAAACGGGAGCUUGACGAGCUUCGUAAAUUGUUCAACAAUCAGCAGUUUCAAGAACAGGCGAUAAGGGAAGCUUCAGAGGACAAAAUAGACUUCAAAUUCAUACCAGCACGUUCGCCGAACUUUGGCGGACUAUGGGAGUCAGCAGUGAAGUCGUUCAAAACCCUAUUCAAACGGACUAUCGGAACACGAAGUUUGAUUCACGACGAAAUGCUUACAGUACUAGUACAAAUCGAAGCGAUUUUAAACUCUCGUCCGCUUACACCUGUUAGCAACGAUCCAGCAGAUUUCGAAGCGUUAACUCCAGGACACUUUCUGAUUCAUCGGCCACUAACGGCAAUACCAGAACCAAACCUGGACAGUAUUCCUGAAGGUCGACUAGCAGCAUGGCAACGAAAUCAGCAGUUUCUUCAACAAUUGUGGAAAAGAUGGUCGGAACAAUAUCUGUCUGAUCUGCAAAACAGAACCAGAUGGAUGCGACGGAAGGAAAAUUUAGCUAUUGGGACCAUGGUUGUCCUGAAAGACGAAAAUCAGCCCCCACUGAAAUGGCAGUUGGGGCGCAUAACGGAAAUUCAUCCUGGACCGGAUGGAAACAUUCGUGUCGCAACAGUACAAACGAAGGAUGGUAGCUACCGAAGAGGGAUUUCCAAAAUCUGCGUGCUACCCAUCCGUGACAACUCCAACUCAACACCCGAAGAGACCUAG